AUGCCCCACGUCAACAUUAGCGUCAGAGAGAAUGGAGGCACCCAAACAAUUGCGAAAGUCCUGCUGGGCAUGAUGGAGCUACUUCUAGCUGUGAAGGGCGUUCUACUGGAAUCCAAACCAAAUGCUUCUGAGAGCUGCGACCCCAACGAUUUGGUUCGGAGAGCGAAGGAGCUGUUGCUUGCGGUAAGAAGUUCCCCGAAGAGGACCGAGGCCGCUGUCUCGAUGGAUAGCCGAGCUUCCGCGUAG